CGUUAGGUUCGUUCGGGACUCGCCGUGCCAUGGCCCGGGCGCCCCGCUCCGGCGGCCUCCUGCCUCCUCUCUCUACCGCACCCCCGCCGUGGGCGUACCCCGUGGGCGCUGGGGACGAGCGGGGCGAGGGCGUUCGCCGAGGGUCGGGGCUGCUGGCUGCGGGGAGCGUCCCGCGCCCGAACCCGGACAGACAGCCGUGGGAGCCCGCUCCGGCGAGCGGCCCGAUGCCCUUCGCUCUGCAGCGGCUCCGGGCUGCGCUGCUCCGUCUGCAUCGCGAGCGGGAGCGGCUCCUGCGGGCCCGGGACGGCGCCCGCCACCUGCAGGCGGCCGUGCGGUUGCUCCGCUCCAGCUCGUCGGCUGCAGCCCUCUCCCUGCCGCAGCUGCACGGGGACCUGCAGCCGCGCCCUCCGCGUGGGGCGGCUCCGCGCCUCGGCCUCCCGGGACCCACGGGACCCACGGACACGCUUCUCCUGGCUCGCCCGGUCGGGCUAGCAGCCCAGUGCCUGGAUGCUGCCAUCGAGACGCAGCUUCGCGCCCUGGGCCGGGCACCCGCCAGCCUGGGCCUGACGUCCCAGCUAGCCGAACUGUUGCUGGCCCUGCCCUUCUACCACAAGCUGCAGGGACGAGCAGUGAGCUGCGCCCCUGGGGCCGCGCGCCCGUUCCCCGCCGCCCGUGUGCUCCACCUCCUGGCUGCGGAGCGGGGAUGUCGGGUGGCGCGUAGGCUGGCCGAGGCCCUUGCUGGGCCGGACCUGCAAGACCAACUCCGCGGGCAGUGCGACGAGGAGCGGGAGCUGCUGCCCGGGCUGCUGGGUCUAAUAGGGGGCGAGGCUAGCAGCGACAGCCGCGGGCUGAGGCUUGCGGGGCCUGGAGCCCUGUGGAGCCAGUACUGGACCUUGCUGUGGGGAGCCUGUGCUCAGAGUCUGGAGCUCAGCGUGGCACCCUGGGGAGACCUCGGGGCGGUGGCGCAGCGGCUGAGUCAGGCGCUGUGUCGAGCGUCCCUGCCUCAAGAGUGUGAAAAGGCGGUCUUGGCUCUGUGUCACAGCCUACUUCAUCAGGCUCUCACCUGGAACUGGGACCAAGGGUUCUGCCAGGCUCUGGGAUCAUCCCUGGUGGGUCAGAGUGGCCCUGCAUCACUGGCUCCUACUGCUGAGUUGUUGCAGGGGCUUUUCCCUCCAAUCUUGGACACCCUUCGAGAGCCUAGGUCGGAACUUAGCCCGUGUCUGCCUCCAGGUCCUGCACCUGCCGCUCUGGGGCUCUGUGCCCUGCAGACCACCUUGCUCUGGUUCUUGGGCAGAGCUCGGCAGCACCUGGCAGCAUGGGCCCCCGGCCCCUUCCUGACCCUGAUCCAAAAGGAUUUGCCUCCUCUACUUGGGGUAGUGGAAGAUCUGUGCAGCCUGGCCUCAGAGGCCACCUUAACCCUGGAGGUGGAGCAGCCGCUGAGCCGGGAGAUUCAGAAGCUGACUGCACAGAUGCGGCUCCUGCCCGAAGACUCUCUGAAUCUCUUUUUCCAAGAAUGCUAUAAGCAAGCCACACAGGGCUUCCAGCUCCACAUGCCAAAGGGUCGGUACUGGAGGCUUCGACUGUGUCCUGAGCACCCCAGUACUCCUAGUGAGUAUUCAGGGUUGGUGGUCGGCACUGUGUUGGAGCCUGUGUUGCAAGGACUGCAGGGAUUGCCACCCGAAGCCCAAGCCCCCGCCCUCAGCCAGGCACUGACAGCCAUACUGGGUGCCUGGCUCGACCACAUCCUCACCCAUGGGAUCCGGUUCAGCCUGCAGGGGGCGCUGCAGCUCAAGCGAGACUUCGGAGUGGUCAGGGAGGUCCUGGAGCAGGAGCAGUGGGGCCUGGCCCGGGAGCUUCGUCAGACUCUGCUGUCACUCAGCAUCUUCCAGCGGCUAGAUGGGGCCCUGCUGUGUCUACUGCAGCAGCCCCUGCGCAAGGGUCCAGUCCGCAGAAGGCCUCCAUGUUGCUGUCUUUGUAAUGAAGUCCCCACCGAACUGCCCGCCAGCAGCCUCAACGGCCUGGAAAGCCUGGCUCCCCCCCUCCGGCCUGCACUCUCCUCGACCCGGAACAUGCACCUGCUGAGCACCCUGGGGGGAGGAGGAGGGCCUAGCCCUGAAGCUUACCUGGCUGGGAACCAGCAGGCCUGGCUUGCCCUGAGGCUGCACCAGCAUCCUCGUUGGCACCUGCCCUUUCUUUCCUGCCUGGGGACGAGUCCUGAGCCCUAAGGUGCGCAUAGAUAGGACCAGCAGUUCCAAAUCAUGGUCUUGACAAGCCCGGGUCACGGGCUUAAAACUGUUGGAGAGGCUGAAAAGCUGGGAGCCUGGGAGAACACGUACAUAAACUACGCAGUCUGGAAUCGAAUGCAAGACCACGCUAGUAUCUGCAAUCCAGAGCAGUGGGCAAACUACAGCCCCAAGUCUCAAAGUUAGCAACAGUGACGCAAGGGCUAGAUGCGCAUAGCUUGUCUACAGGCUUGACUCUCAGGAGACGGAAGCAAGCUACGACGUGCUUUCUCUUGAAUCCCAGUAACAAGGCUAAAGUCAGUUCGUGAGGAGACACAGACGGCGCGAGCAUGUCUACACGUGCAGGGUCCCCGGUUCCAUUCCCAGUCUUUGGGGGCUCAGUUGCCAGGGUGGGCUUGCUUCCUGGUGGGCGCACAACCAUCCCCUCAUUGGAAGGAGCCAGGAUUUGGGAUGGCGCGGACCCAGAAGUAGCAGGCAGGAUGCUGAAGGGGGAAGCUGCGGCAGAGGACGCGUUUUCGUGCAAAGGUGGUGGAGGGGGAGGAUUGCACAUCCACCGUCUAC